AUGUUUUUGUGGCAUCUCGGAAAUUCACUGUCCAUGGCUGGCUGCCAGUCCGAAAUUAACGACUUAGCGUCGCGAAGAUAUUCGUUGCCACCUUCGCCGCCUUCGUCGUCGCACAGCAGCAGCAGCAGUAGCAGCGAUUCGGAAGGUAGCCUGUCGCCGCCGCAUCAUCCCGCGUCGCCCGGGACGGGAAUCCCGACGACGGCAACUUUGACGUCGGUGGGCACGAGCACGACGGCCGCCUUGGCCAAGGGCAUUGUUGGCACGCUUAUUGCUCGACCGACGACGACGUCUUCGUCGACGUCGGUCAACUCCGCCGCCUCGCGCCCGACGUUCCAGCGGAUCGUGAAGCCGACUUUCGUCAAUAGUCGCCAACCGAUACAGACAACGCUUAUUUCCAGCCAGCAUCGGAACGCCGGCGGUUCCGGGAUCCUGGUGCUCACCGAGGAGGAGAAGCGGACGUUGAUUGCGGAGGGCUAUCCGGUUCCGACGCGAUUACCGCUUUCCAAGCUCGAGGAAAAGUCGCUCAAGAAAAUCCGACGGAAAAUCAAGAACAAGUCACCCGACCAUAGGGAUCCAUAA